UUGCAAGGAAUAAAACACGCGUCAAUUUUAAUCUAACAAUUUAAGUGUUACCUCCUAAACUCGUGAAGGACUUAAAUGUUGGGGUGGGUUGUUUUUUUUACAUACAGGACUUCAUCGCGUUUCUGUUUGAUGUACAAGGACUGCGUAAUGUAGAUUCCUUUACAGCAGUUGAAGACGAACAUCAUAUAAUGAAGCGAUGCUUUUUUCCCUCAGAAAUUGAUAGCUUAGGAUGAAAGGAAUGGCCAUAUUUAUUGAAAAGAAGGUCAAAUAAUAACUGGAAACAUGACACUCUUACAGAAUUAUUAGUGUGAGAUGCUUCAAGGCUGUGUGGAGAUUCUUGCUCCGAGACCGUCAUAUUGAAUGAUCAGGGAAAAAUGAUAAAACAGACAGCAACGACCCAGCCGCUGUAUUGUAGAGAUCCCGGAUCUAUCGGAGCUAUCUCACUGAAGGUGCUUGUGGAGCUUUGAUGGUUACGAGCAGGGUCCCGCUCUCCUCAUCAUGUCUGGUGAAUAAGUCAAACUAGCAGGGAGAUUAAGGCCAUGUUGAAUAAUGAUGAAGUUCCGUUUCCUUAUUUUUCGCUCAUUAUAGCCGUUUCAUCGUUGGACUAUGAAAUGGAACCCUGGGGAUUUUUCGUCUAAUUGUGCACUUCAGACUACUUGAUAUUGCUCCCGAGUCCUGUUCUCUUUCUUGUUAGCUGAAUGAGCAUUGCUUGCAGGUUCAGUAAUGACAUUCGUCUUAUAUUCAGAUUGAUUUCAAAUCCCCCUCGGAGGAACAUGCCAUGUAGAUUUUAAACAUGUCUUUGAUACCGAGUAAUACUUCGAACACGACCUCGGGCUCGGUGUCGGGGACAGAACUUCCGAACACGACAUCGGGCUCGGUGUUGGGGACAGAACUUCCGCCCGGAUAUAGCAUGAUUCAUCUCAUCAUGACGGUCGUAAUUGUAUCGGUGAUCAUUCUACUCAUUAUUGUCGGAAAUUUACUUGUUGUGAUUGCAACCUACACAGAUAAAAAUCUAAAAUCAAAACAGAACUGGUUCAUCGCUUCGUUGGCCCUGGCGGAUUUUCUGCUUGGUUUGGUAAUCAUGCCAUUUAGUCUGGCGAAUGAAGUGAUGGGGUACUGGUAUUUCGGCUCCAUCUGGUGUGAUCUAUGGAAAGCGAUUGACGUCCUUCUCUGCACUGCCUCCAUCCUCAGCAUCUGCCUUAUCAGUUUGGAUAGAUACUGGUGCAUCACCAAGGCCUUGACGUAUCCAAGACAACGAACAGCAACCCGCGCGGCCCUCAUGAUCGCCGCCGUGUGGAUAUUGUCCUUAAUCAUUUGUGUACCUCCACUGAUCGGAUGGAAAAAUCCACUUUCGGUUACGGACUAUCCACUUUGUUUACUCAGCAGUGAAGUAGGGUACAUCAUUAGCUCCUGCAUGGGUUCGUUUUACAUACCAGGGGUUAUCAUGGUGGUUGUUUAUUACAAAAUAUACGUAGCAGCAACCGAACGUGCAAGAAAACAAACCAAAAACGAGAAAAAGCCGAAGAAAAAAGAGAAAAAAUCCGAAAAAGAGAAGAACGGAUUAAUAACUGAGAAGAUCGCAGUCGUGGAACAAGAAUGUAUAAAUAUGCCUGCCAAGGUCAACAGUAUGACUUUGACGGAUGAUGAAAGUACUUGGCCUAUGUAUCAAAAACAAACUACCAAUGAGGAAGAAUCAGGAAAUUUGUUAGAAACGGGAAAUGGAUGCAUUGAUCAAAAUCGUGACAUCAUAGACGACGGAAAUGACGAAAAGGAAUCAACAAAAUCGAAUAUCACAGGCACGGCCCACCUAACGUCAAAUCAAGGAGAAAAUAAACAGGACUUCUCUUACAAUAACGAGACCAUCAAAGAUAUAGAAAGACAAAAACGCAAAAUAGCCAAAGCGCGGGAAAGACGGGCUACCAUUGUUCUUGGAAUAGUGAUGGCGACUUUUAUUGUUUGCUGGGCUCCAUUUUUCACCCUCUACGUCAUCAAAGCGCUAUGUAGCUGUAUUCCUGACAUUGCGUUCAACGUUUUCUUCUGGGCCGGUUACUGUAACUCGGCAUUAAAUCCCAUAAUCUAUACCGUGUUUAAUCGGGAUUUUAGACAUGCUUUUAAACGAAUUCUAUGUCGUAUGCCGUACCAUCGAUAGAGUAAUGGACAUGUCAUUGUUGUGGGUGGUGUGAUUAUGAAGAGAUGAUAGUUGUUCAAAAUGGAAGAGCUAAUAUUGUUUUUCCACUUAAAAUGCUCUCGUUUCAAUUGGAUAAUCGAUCAUUUAUUCAGCAAUUUCCUCGUCUAAGCUUCAAUUUAGGAAAACAUUACAAUAUUGGAAAUAGCUAAUUACUUAAUCUCACAACUGCAGCUGCAAGUCCGACAAAUUCUGACUGUAUAAAAACAUAUCUCCGGAUUAUAAAAUAUGUCUGAAAUACGUGUGUAUAGAUCUAUUCAUCCGGAUUAUAAAAUAUUGUUUAUUCUUCA